AUGCACACGCUCAAGGGCCUACCCGUGGACGAAUCAACGCCGCACAAGGGAUCUGCGGCUGCCGAGCCAGCUGACGACCAGAGCCUUCUACCUUCCUGGUUCAGAGACUUCAUGUUCCCACGGCCCGACGCUGCCGAAACUACGGCGCAGGCGCGGGAGCGUGAGUGGACACAGGCCCGGUUCUGGGGCUUCUCCUCGUUCCUCUUCCCUGCUGUCAUCAUGAUCGUGUUGUCCACACGCAAUGACGUGGUGGAGGUUGUCUACGAAGAAGAAUCAUGUGACUGGGCGAACCUGAUAGAGAAAACCAUGUUCUACAUCGGAGCUUGGAUCCUCAAGGACAUUGUACUCAACUGCUUCAAGUGGUGGUGGUGCACACGAUACUGGGGGCUCUCCCAGGAACAUUUUGACCUGCUGAUCGGACCGAGGCACGAGUGGACCGAUAAGGAAGUGGACACCCUGGUCCAAGCGUAUGGGAAGUGGAACCUCAAGGCGAUGGAUGCCAUCAACCGGCGAGCGGGCCACGUGGUGAUCAACAUCAUCCGUAUUUGGUUCUUCACGAGGGUACUCACAAACUACUCGAUUCGCCUGCACUCGGCACUGCUGCAAUUGCCCAUUAUCAACGGGAUCAAAAUCCUGACGGAGUCUGGGGAUCGCUGCUGGGACGUUGGAAAAUACAUCUUCCAGGGUGCUCGGCUGUUCGAUGGUCGCUACGGCCGGUUCAACCUUGUGGUGGUCAACUUCUGGGCGUAUGCGGGGCGAGUGGUGAUGUUUGAACUGCUGGUUGGGGCGAAAGGCAUGGGCGAUGAGAAGGAGGGCCUGCUCUUCAUGCUGGCCAUGCAGCCCCUCCUGUGGGGGGACUCGGCGGGGGAGCUGAUCGGUUCCUUCUGGGGAAAACACAGGUUCAAGGUCAUUGGCCUGGGCGAUGUCAACCAGAAAAGCGUCGAGGGCACGGUAGCGGUGUUCGUGGCCUCCUUCCUGGGCAUGUUGGGGGUCUUCUAUGGCAUGUACGGCGAAGCGGUGAGUUCAGUGUUCGUAUGUCAUCCAGUGCUCGUCAUGGCCUACACCUGUGUGGUCGCCACCAUCGCAGAGGUGGCUGCACCACGCGGGACAGACAAUUUCUUCCUCCAGGUGCUCUCGCUGCUCGUGCUCAUUGCGAGCAUCCAGAAUUCGCCCUCCAUUCGGCGCGCGGCGCGGGCGGAUGACUAG